GAUAGGUGAAUGAGUAAUAGUGGUUGGACAGGCGGGGACUGAUCCAAGAAUAACAGGGCCUUAAUGACCGCUGUUCAACUAUCCAAACUCGAAGCCCCUGCGGUCAUGGAGGGUACUCAGAAUCAGGACACAGGUUCCAUACAUCUCAUCUGCAUAGUACGUCAGCCGAUAUCUCAAAGAAGACAUACCAAGUACCAUCAAUUUUCUUAUGGCAUAAAACAAUGGCACAAUAUUCAAGAACUGUCCUUCAUCACUCGGAUUUCAUCAUUUGGUUUGCCGUGCCUUUCGCCACCAUGCCAGAAAAGUUCCCCAUAUCAGGACAGCAUAAAAUCAGGAAGCAGACAGGACAGCGACAAAGCAAGGGAAACAGGCAGAGAACAGGGUAGACGACUUUCAUCAGACCCGAUGCGAUAGCAAACGCUUCAGUUCCUCAGCUGCUUCUCCCGCGACUUCACCUCCGCCAUUGAUAAUUUCAUACU